AUGAAAAUGCUGAAUCCACACAAACCCCAGCUGGAACGCCGGAUCGUUGGCUCAACCAGCCGGUGGCGUUUCCUCAGAGAGCCUUUUUUGGGGGACCUGCUGGCGCUUUCCCAGAUGUGCAAGGCUGUCAACGUAGACUUUGAUGAAGUUCUGAAGAACCCAGACAGGUUAUGCAUUUCACAAAUUCAGGAAAACUUCCCUGAGACUUUGAAGAACAAGGCCAUCCAAAGCGCGGAGGCAGGUGUGAUUCUCGAAUGCCUUGGCUUCAGGUGGGAACUCCAUCAGCCCCAGCUUUUUCAGUCCGAGACCCUGACCAAGCUUUACAUGAUGGCCCUGGCCCGGGGCAACGCAAACCCUGAGAAGGAGCUGGAGAAGCUUCUGCAAGCUCAGCUGCCCGGGAAGAUUAAAGAACAACGCCCUGUAAAGAAGAUGAUCGUUUCCUUGAAGAUCAAUGACCCUCUGGUCACCGAAGCUGCCUUCGCCGUGGCCCUGCAGAAUCUCUACCUGCGCGAGGUAAGGGUGAGCAUGGACGACGUGCUGGGCGUGCUGGCUGCAGCCCACGUUCUUCAGUUCAACAGCCUGUUCCAAAGGUGUGUGACCAUGAUGAUGAACGGACUCACGCUGAGCACCAUCAAGGACUUCUACCUGGCCGGCUGCAAGUACAAGGAAGAGCCGCUCACCACUGCCUGCGAGAAGUGGAUGGAGAUGAACUUGGUCCCUCUGGUGGGGACACAGAUCCACCUCCGGAAAAUCCCGCAGGAGCUGCUCCACAAAGUGCUGAGGUCCCCCAGGUUGUUUACUUUCAGCGAGUUCCGCCUUCUGAAAACACUUCUUUUGUGGGUCUACUUGCAACUAAACAGCAAAACUCAGACGAUGCCGACGUACGAAACUGUGCUCUCAUUUUUCAGCAGCUUCCCCAAGAAGUGUUGCUUUCUGGACCGGGAUGUGGGACAGAACUGGAUGCCGCUCUUCCUUUGCCUGCGUCUGCACGGCAUCACCAAAGGCAAGGAUCUGGAGGAGCUAAGGCACAUUAACUUCUUCCCUGAAUCCUGGCUCGUCCGGGUUAUAGCCAACCAUUACCUCGCGCUGGAGAAUGGGGGCGACAUGGCCCACGCGAAAGAUCUUACCACCCAGGGGGUGAGAUUCGGGCUGCUCUUUAACCAGGAGUAUACUGCACAUUCAAAAGUGAUUGCCAUGUAUGGAUUCUUCUUUGAGAUAAAGGGAAUCAAACAUGAUGCUACUUCAUAUAGUUUUCAUAUGCAGAGAAUAAGGCACACCAACUUGGAAUUUGCCUCCUCCGUCUAUGAGCACAGCCCCAUCAGCCUGAGAGCAGAGCGCUUGGUGACGUACGAGAUCAGAGCCCAGACCCUGGUGGACGGCAAGUGGCAAGAGUUCACGACGAACCAGAUCAAGCAAAAGUUUGGGUUGGUCAAGUCGUCCUGCAAAAGCCACGCCUUGAAAAUCCAAACUGUGGGCAUCCCAAUCUAUGCAAGUUUUUCAUUCAUCUUCUCAUUAUCUUAACGGUUUUCAGAAGAAUCUAUGGGAUUUUUUUUUCUUCCACUGGUCCAUGUAAAAGGAAAUAAAACGACAUGAAAGGGACUGCUCAAGUAUUCAGCUGACUCUCCGAGUUAGUAAUGGUCUCAGAACUUUGGCCCACUGUCUUGGUCUGUUGGGCUGCUAUAACAAAACACCACAGACUGGGCGCUUAUAAACAACAGAAAUUUGUUACUCACAGUUCUGGAGGCUGGAAGUCCAAGAUCAAGGUGCCAGCAGAUUCCACGUGGUGUCUGAUGAGAACCUGCUUUCUGGUUCAUAGACGGCUUCUUCUCGCUGUGUCCUCACAUGGUGGAGGGGGCAGGGAGCUCCCUGGGGCCUCUUUUAAUAAGGGCACUAAUCCAGUUUACGAAGGCCCUGCCUUUCCCUCAUGACCUAAUCACCUCCCAAAGGCCCCACCUCCUAAUGACAUUACCUUUGGGGGUUAGAAUUCAACAUAUGAAGUCUGGGGAGACACAUUCAGACCAUAGCACUCCCAUUUGUAUCGUUGGAGGAUGGAAAGUAUCAGAGCCAUGAGUCCAUUGCCGUUAUUGACCCCGAAGCUCCCUGAGUCCAGCCCUAACUUGAUGCACUCUCGGAAGCACUCCUAUGGGGGCAUCAACAGUAACAACAUACUCCAACUGGAAGCGCCAAGGUUCCCCUUUUUGUGAUACAUCUCUGCUUGCCACACAGAACAACACACCUUGCCAUUGUCCCUGGCAGUUUUGGCUCAGCCAGAACAAGAGGUAGGAAGGGAAGUAAACAGUUAUAAGGUAUGGCAUGACUUAUUUACUGUCCCACCUUUUUAAAUGGAACUUUAGGUUUUGGAAAAAGCAAGGCAAGAGAGUCUGUUUUCCCACCGUGUGGAUUAGUUUUCUGUUGCAGUGUAGCAGAGUACCAAAAGUUUAGCGGCUUAAACAACACAUACUUAUUUCACAGUUGUUGUGGGUCAGGAGUCCAAGCAGCCUUGCUGGGUCCCCUGCCCAGGGUCAAGUCUACAAUCCAGUGGCAGCUGGCUGUGUUCUCAUCUGAAGACACAAGUGGGGAGAACCCACGUCCAAGCUCAUGAGGUUGCUGGCAGAUUCAUUUCCUUGCAGCUGUAUGACUGAGGGCCUGACUGCUUACCGGCUGUCGAGAGAAGACCACCCAUGUUCUAGAGGCCCCUGUACUUCCCUGCCACAUGGUGCUCUCUACAGACAUUUCGGAGCAUGGCUGUGUGUCCUUCAAGGCCAGCAGGAGAGUCUCUCUCACUGUCGACUGCUAAGACAGAGCCGUGCGUACCGCAAGGUAAUCUUGGGAGUGACAUAGCAUCACCUUGGCCAUGUUCUCGGCGCUAGAAGUAAGUCAUAUGUUCUACCCACACUCAAGGGGAGAGGAUUAUACAAGGUGUGUGAUGAUUUAGGGUGUGUCCACCACAGCCUGUUAACCGGUGUCUUUGGGAAAGUGAUGGAGCAUCAGCUGAUGCCGUAUAGACAACAAGUG